AUGUUUAAAAAAUUAAUGUAAAGCACCUUUAAUAAGGUUUCUGCCCCUAAAUUGACCAGCCAAUUUAUGAAGUAUCACUUCGCUUACUUAGUUGGCAAUGUCCCUCCCACCGAAGUUUUUAUUAGAAAAGAAUACGUUACCUAAUUUGAAGAAGGUCACGGCGAAUUAGAAGAAGGUGUUUGGAUUACUGUUAAGUCAAAGAAAGACAGAGCUUUCUUGUUUGAAACUCUUUUCACUGAAUACGGUGCCUUAUAUGAUAAGCUCCCUAUUUCUGCUUUCUUAUGGAAAAAGGAUGUUGAUUUCGAUAACUUGCUCCCUUUAGAUCACCUCUAAUUAUGGAAUUGCUUCAGCUAUGAUUUCACAGUAGUCAACAAAGUUAAUAUUGCUAGUCUUCGUUGCGAAGUUCUUAUGAAAAAUGGUAAGACUUAUCCUGGCUAGUAUCUUUUCACAAUUGACCACACUCACUCUGACCCUGGCAUCCUUAACACUGCUUGGUCUGAGAUUCCUCACGAGCACAAAAGUUUCAACAUUAUCAAGCUUGAUAAUGGGUAAUUUUGCGCCCAACCUAAUAACCGUAUUAAAUGGAAAUAAUCUAGUUUGAUUCCUGUCUAAACUAAGAGUGCCAAAUUCUUUAAGGUAUGUGAAAUCGAUUAUCAAGUUGAAGACACACCUAAGUGGUCAGUAGCCGACACCUCCGAUUACUAUUACAAGGAAAAUAGUGAAUAAAAGGUUAUUGAUGAAUAAAACCAAACAACAGUAAAGUAAGUUGAAACAAAAACAGCAGCUACUACUACUACUACUAACACUAAUUCUACUAAUGCCACAACAAAUAAUACAACCACAAAUACUCAAGCUAAUAAUUAGCAACAAGGAACCCAAGCUGAUUAACACAAAAGCAGAGUAAGAAGAGUUGGAUAAGAUGUUGUAAAUUUCGCUGGUGAUACUAGUAAGCCUUAUUGA